CGCUGUGUUGUUGACACUGUCAUGUCGUCGGUUCUGCUCAGUGUUUAUCGGGACGCGUGUGAUGUUUCAGAGGAACAUUAUCAAAGGGCCUGGAUCUAGUUCUCGGUACUUUAGCUCCUCAGCAUGAAGCUCCGGAUUCGGCUCAACCGGCAGACCAGCAGGGUGGAGGUACCGGGAGAAGAGCCCAGUCUGAAGGAGCUCAUAGACCACGUCAAGGAGACGGUUUUGCCUUUUCAUGGACUCAGUGCAGAGACAGAGUUCAGUUUGUCUCUGAACGGCUCAGAGCUUCUGUCCGACACCGGUCAGACCCUGUCAUCCUGCGGCAUCGUCUCCGGAGACUUGAUCUGCGCCAUCCUGCCUCAACCCGCGGCCGCCACCCGCACCGCUGCCCCCCCCGGCACCACCCGCACCGCCUCCACCAGCUGCACCACCACCCGGACCAGCGGCUCAGAGAACCAGCGGAAAGAACAGAACCAACAGACCCGACAGGCUGCUGCCAUGACGUCCAACCAGCCCAGCAGCAGCAGCAGCCCUGCAGCACAGACAGAGUCCGACGAGACCACCGACGUGCCGGACCCUCAACCUUCGGCCUCCAGCUGGGAGCCGAUGCUGUGCAGCGAGGCGGAGGAGGGUCAGGCUCCUCUCUCUCUGGAGCUCCUCUACCACUCGGCCCAAACCUCGAGUCCCAGUGACGCCAUCAUGGUGGCCGCAAACCUGCUGAUGCUGGAAACUGGAUUUGUUCCUCAGGGCAGUGAGCUGCAGGCCUCUCACAUGCCUGCAGGGUGGAGGUCAGCAGCUGGACUCUACAGGCUGCAGUACUCCCACCCCCUGUGUGACGGCAGCCUGGCUGUGGUGGUGGCUGUGUCUAUGGGCCCCGUCCUCGUCAUUAAUGCGACUUUGAAGGUGAAGCAAACGGUCGACCUGGUCCGCAAACUGUGCCUGAACCCCUCCAGCUACGUGACCGCCGAGUGGCCAGGAGAAAGUGCAGCUGCAGCUUUCAGAGGUCUGAAGAAACUGUCCCGGGUCUUCAAAGACCAGCUGGCCUACCCGCUGAUCGCUUCAGCCAGAGAAGCGAUGGCUCUGCCGGUGGCGUUCGGUCUGGCCGCUCUUCCUCCUGAGCUCCUCCUCAGAGUCCUCAGACUGCUGGACGUCCGCUCUGUGGUCAGACUGUCUUCAGUCUGCAGACACCUGAACGUGGCUGCGGCCGACUCCAUGCUGUGGAGACACCUGUACCUCAGAGACUUCCCAGUUUCAGAUCCCAGCAGUCUCAGACACACGGACUGGAAGGCGCUUUACAAACAGCUUUAUAAGCUUCGCUGCGACCGCCGGCGUCCUCGUACCCACCCCGUCUCUCCUUUCUACUUAAACCCCCGGGACAUCUUCGCCCCCGUCCCCGCCUAUCCGCCGCUGCCUGGCAUCAUCGGGGGGGAGUACGACCAGAGACCAAACCUCCCCCGUGGCCUCCUCCCCCGCCCUCGCCACGACCCCAUCCACCCUCCUCGGAAUCAAGACGGCCGAGCUCUGAACAGCUUCCGCAGAGUGGGACCGCCGGGAGGACCGCCGGGAGGACGACCUGCGGACGUCCGGCGAGGCUUCAUCUGAUCAGUGUUUGUUCUUCUUUUCUUCUUCUGCAGAAAUAAAACAAGCGUGAACAACAGGAGAGCUUCUUCGCGGAGACACGUCCCCGAAGCUGAGACAGGAAGUCCACGUUCAGAGCCGCAGUUUGACUCUGCGUCAGUUUGUGGUGGUUUUAUUAAAUAUGAUGCGUUUCAUUCCAGUCUGACCAGAUGUUCCAGCGUCUGUGUUUAUUCUGCUGAGAAACGUUCAUGAAUGAACGCAGCACAGUUCACCGCUGACCCCCAGUCUGUUUCCAUCAUAAUAAUCAGCUGUUUACAGUCACUGACCUGUACGGUGGCCCAUUCAGGCCAAAAAAAGAAAAAAACAAACGUACUCAAGGUCAAAAUCAUAGAAAUCGCAAAAUGUCUUUUUACUCAAAGUUUAAAUUCUGACGUAGUUUUUCAUUAUUUUCACUUUCUAUUAUAACUUUAAAGAAGUCAAACUUUAGUUCAGCCUGUGGUGUUUGAAAAGGUCGAGACAGACUUCAUGUUUUCUGCUUUAACUUAAAUAAACUCUUAAAUAAACUGUGUCGUUUUCUUCUGU